AUGGAGGACCGCAAGAGACCGGCCAUCACCGCCACCGAUGAGCCCCCCAGCAAGCGCCAGCAUCUCAAUGGCGGCGCCAAUGCCGCCAAGGACGACGACGUGAAGGAAGAUGCCUGGAUCGAGGAAUACACAAAGGGUGCCAUAUACCGCCAGAUGCAAGAAUACAAGCGCACGUGCAGCACCCUCGAGACCCGGCUCGAGGAGAUGGAGCGCCGCUCCCUCCACCACGAUGACCAUAUCCGCAUCGUCGACGCCUGGUGGAUCCAGCUAUUACAAGAGCUCAAGGUCUUCGCCGAGGAGACUAUCCCCUUCCAACCUGGCUCUGGCGAGCAGGCUUUCCCCACGCACACCACAUUCAAGGAUAUCGAGGAGCUGGAAUCGCACCUCGCCAGCAAGGGCUCGACCAUCAGGGAUCUGGCCCAGUCAGUCUUCAAGCAUCUCUCGUCUGGCCGACCCAAGGCGGAGCCAGAUGUCGCCAAACUGGAAGCGCAGGUCAACAACCUGCUCGCUGCUCAGAAGGAGUUCCUGGUCAAGAUCGAUCGGCUGUCGUCCGAGAAGGAGUCCGUCUCGGACCAGCUCAAUACGGCCACGCUGCGGUACAUGAAGGCAGAACGCAAAAUGGACCGGCUCAGGAGCAACCAGGUUCAGAAGCUCGAGCAACAGGCUCUGGCGAAUUCCACCCCGCGCCCUGCCGGUGGCGAGCAAGAGAACGGCGCUGGUGAAUCCAAUGGCAACACCGGUGAGCUGCAGCUGAAGCUGAGAGAGACCACCGCCGUCAGCAACAAACAGAAGGAACAGCUCGAAGCCGCGCUCUCAGAGGCAAAGGCCGCCCGCGAAGAGCUGACCGCUGCGCAGGCCAAGCUCGCUAACCUGUCCGAUGAGGACUACUCCCGCACAGAAAUCUACAGAUUAUUCAAAACCAGGCAGGAGGAAUUGAUCAAGAAGUUGAACACGUUGGAGGCAAAAAGCAAGAGGCUCGAGGAUGAGAACGCCAAGUACGCAGCCGAACGCACCGUGUACAAGAAGAAACUGGAGGCCGAGGCGCAGCAACUUACCAUCGAACUGGAGGAACAGCUGCAACAGUCCGACACAAACUUGGUGCGUAUCAGAGCUGCACGCGACGAGCUAUACAACGAGAUCACGAAGCUGCAAGGGAGCAAGGAGCAGGAGCGGACGGCCUUGGACGAGAUGAAGGCGCUUGUCAACGCCAAGGAGGAUCACAUAAACGCAUUAGAACUCGAGGUGAAGCGGCUGACACCCGAUGAGGACGUGGACAUGACGCCACGCCCGGACAUUGAAGCCAUGACCACCGAGGAGCUCCGCGAGAAAUACAAGAAGCUGCAGUCGGACUUUGACAGCAUCAACAAUGAGCUGCCUGCCAUGACGGCUGCGGUCAAGAAGUACCAGGCGGCCGCGAACAAGAAGAUUGCCGACUUCGCCGCGGUGGAGGAACGGUUGGCCAUGGCCAUUGCCGAGAAAGGCAAAGCGAACCAAAAGUACUUUGACGCGCGCAGGAACCACGAUGCCCUGUCUGAGGAGAUCAAGAAAGUGCGAUUGCACACAUCUAAGAGUACCGAGAUCAUCUCUCAGCUAAAGGACAGCGAGGGCCAAAGCCGCACGACAGCAAGCAACCUAGAGAAGCAACUUGCCGACCUUAGGCAAGCCAAUGCCACCACGGUAGCAGAGAGCAAACGUCUCGAAUCGAGCAACAACGAACUGGCGCGAAAAUACGAAGCGUUGAAGACACAGGUCACCGAACUGGGCAACCUCGCCAAGGCCAAGGACUCGGCCACCAUGUCAGCGAGGGAGCGCACAAUGAAUCUGGAGACGGAGAGCGAGAAGUUGAAAGUACGACUGGACAGCACAUCCAAGGACCGUGACAAGUGGAAGUCCAAAUCCCUCAGCAAUUCGUCGGAAGAAGAGGAGAUGCUUCGCAAACUUGCCACCUGCUCAGUGUGUCACAACAACUUCAAGGAUACGGCACUCAAGACUUGUGGUCACAUUUUCUGCCGAUCAUGCGUAGAUGACCGCAUCGCCAACCGCAUGAGAAAAUGCCCCAACUGCAGCAAGAUGUUUGACAAGUUGGACGUCAUGACUGUCCACCUCUAA